UCAAAUUGAAGGGCUCUCUUGCACUUACUCAAAACAAAAAUAAUGAAGAAAUUAACAGAAUUGGACACAAGAACCGAAAAUUUAGCAAAAUUAACACACACCCUCAAAUUUUUUCACUGCCAAAAUUACAUUCCCAAGGUUUCUAAUUCUUUUUCAUCCAAAUUAUGGCCUUGAAUUGGCUUCUCCGGCCAAUUCUUCCUAUGUUAAUCCUAGUUUUUUCACUUCAAUCUUCGUCGAUUUCUUCGAUUACCGAGUCGGACGCGUUGAUUAACCUCAAGAACUCGUUUACUAAUGCCAGUGCACUCAGUUCUUGGGUUAAUGGAUCCACCCCUUGUGAAGGUGAAACUCAAUGGAAUGGACUUCUGUGUAGUAAUGGAAUUGUUAUCGGUCUUCGGCUCGAGAAAAUGGGCUUAUCGGGAGAGAUUAAUGUCGAUGCAUUGCUUCGGAUUUCGGGGCUCAGAAGUAUAAGCUUUGCUCGUAAUUCAUUUUCGGGUCCGAUUCCUGAGUUGAGUCGUUUAGGGUAUUUGAAAAGUAUUUUCCUGUCAGGAAAUCAGUUUUCGGGCGAGAUACCGUCGGAUUUUUUCUUAAAAAUGGUCUCGUUGAAGAAAAUAUGGCUUUCUGAUAAUAAUUUUACGGGAGAUAUUCCGCCGUCGUUGAUGCAUUUGUCGAAUCUUCUCGAAUUACACCUCGAAAACAACGAAUUUACGGGCACUAUUCCGCCUAUUGCGCAAUCAACGUUGAAAACAUUUAAUGUAUCUAACAAUAAACUAAAAGGGAAAAUUCCUGAGGGGUUAGAGAAAUUCAACCUGAGUUCUUUCGCCGGAAAUUCUGACAUAUGCGGCGCAAAGAUCGGAAAAGCUUGUAAGACUAUAACCGCCUCUUUAGCUGCAGCAACAGUAACACACAACGUUACUUCUAUUGGAUCAGGCAAUGCUACAAAAACCAAGGAAAAUGAAGCUGAGAGGACAACAAGUGCAGGGAUUAUAACAUUGGCUGCAAUGUUACUUUCUGUAGGAGCUGUGAUUUUAUUUAAAUUACGGAGGAAAGAAGACGAUUUCGAGGUGAGCGGACAGGACAGCAGUACCGCCACUGCCGGCGCUAAUGAGGAGACGGUCGAGGUUCAAGUUACAAUGCCUGAUAGAUCCCAGGAAACGGUGGAAGCAACCAAGAAGACGGUCUCUGCUCGUAAAGGGUGUAAUCAAAGUAACAAGAGCGCCGGUUCAGCAGAACUAGUGAUGGUGAAUAAUGGAAAGGGUGUUUUUGGGCUGCAUGAUUUGAUGAAAGCUGCCGCAGAAGUGCUCGGAAAUGGCGGAUUAGGGUCUUCGUAUAAGGCUUUGAUGACGGACGGAGAGGCCGUCGUGGUUAAGAGAAUGAGGGAAAUGAAUGCUCUAGGGAAAGAUGGAUUUGAUUCUGAGGUUAGAAAGCUUGGAAGGCUAAAACAUCAGAAUAUUUUGACUCCUUUGGCAUUUCAUUAUAGGAAAGAUGAGAAGCUGUUGAUAUAUGAAUACAUGCCUAAAGGCAGUCUGCUCUACUUGUUGCAUGGGGAAGGAGGACCUUCACAUGGUGAGCUAAAUUGGCCUCUUCGUCUAAGGAUUAUAUCAGGAAUUGCUAGAGGACUAUUUUAUCUUCAUACGGAACUCGCUUCCUUCGAUUUACCCCAUGGAAAUCUAAAAUCAAGCAACAUUUUUCUCAAUAGCCAAAACGAACCGGUAAUUGCAGAAUUCGGGUUCAAUAAACUUACCAUUCCGUCUGUCGGAAAACAAGCUCUGCUUGCUUUCAAGUCCCCUGAAGCUGCACAAUCCGGAGUUUCCCCUAAAUGCGACAUCUACUGUUUAGGCCUCGUCAUCCUCGAAAUCCUGACACGAAAAGUUCCCUGUCAGUAUCUUAACAAUGGAAAAGGAGGGAUUGAUUUAGUCCAAUGGGUCCAAUCUUCGAUUUCUCAGGGUCGAGAAACGGAAUUGCUAGAUCCUGACAUUGCAAACAACGCGAAUUCGCUAGGGAAAAUGCGAGCAAUGUUACACAUUGGCGCUUGUUGUGCCGAAAGUAAUCCUGCUCAAAGGAUAGACCUGAGAGUAGCUUUGCAAAAAAUUGAAGAUAUAAAUUUGGAGAGUUGUGAUUCGGAUAAUCGAACAAUUCAUGUGCUUCCGUCGCUUAGAGACGGGUAUGCCGAUUCAACCCCGUUCAAUCACGCUGAAAGCUCGAAAAAGGGACGACAUGGCGGAUCCAACAGCUUUGCAGACAAUUCUGUAUUCUCCUUUACUUCUGCUGACUCACAAUUCGUAAAGAAUGAAAAUUAAAUUUAUGUUUACGAGUACAAAAUUAAUUAUUUACUCGUCGAGAAAAGAAAGACGAUCGACAUUCCGCAUCACAUCGCAAAUCAUUUGUAUGCAGUAUUGUGAGAGAGGAGAUUAGGAUGCAUUUGUGAUUAUAAUUAUGUUUGUAAUUUUAUUUUUAAUUCUGUUCUUGAGCACAUUGUACAGUAGUGAUUGCUUUUAAUACCAUAGUUAGUAGUUUGUAGACA